AAGCGGAAGCCUAGACCUGCGACGUAGGGACGGGACACCCGGAAGCGGAAGUGACGAAAACAGGGCCCUGUCCCCUCUUUGCUGUAACGGAGACAGACUCGGAAGCUGCCGCUGCCGAGACUCGGGAGGAGCCGGAGCCGCCUGGCGGGAUGGUGAGCACGACAGUAGCAGCAGCAGCAGCCUCCUGGUGGUCAGGAUCCUGGCGCCCAGCCCCUCCCGGGGCCCCUGUCUCCUGGACAGUGGCAGCAGCAUGAACGGCAGCGUGGCGCCACCGGGGGUGGUGGAGGCGGCGGCAGCACCGCUGCCCUCGCCCGGCUGGCGGGAUUUCUGCGAGGCCCAUGCCCGGGCAGCCGCCCUGGACUUCGCACGGCGUUUCCGCGCUUUCCUGAGCGAGAACCCCCAGUUUGCAGCACCAGGGGCUGAGGCUGCCUUCUCCCGCCGCUUUGCGGAGCACUUCGUGGAGCACUUCGAGGCCGAGGUGAGCCGGGCCUGUGCCGGCGACUCACCCCCCCGCUGCGACAUCGCUCCCUUCACUGGUGCCCACCAUUGCCCUGGGGGCGCCGCCUCCUCCUCCACCCGCGACCUCUCCGAGACCUGCAGCGACUCCUCGGUGGCCUCUCCGGUGGAGCCACAGCCCGGCCUGGCCUCGGGGUUGUCCAGCAGCCAGUCUCGUAGCUCUGAGGACGUCUCAGCCUCUGCCGCGACUGCCAGCACGAAGCCUAAGCUCAAGAAGCGCUUCUCCCUGCGCAACGUCAGCCGCAGUGUGCGGGGCAGCAUGCGAGGCAUCCUGCAGUGGAAGAGCUCAGCCGAGUCCCCCACCGAGGAGGAGGCUGGCGGGGCCAACACCAAUUCCAACUCCUCAGGGGGUGGGGCCGCGGACUCCUUGCCCACCGAGCGCUGGACACACAAGUUUGAGAGGCUGCGGCUCAGCAAGGCGCCUGCCCCCAAAGUGGAACUGUCCAGUGUGCGCCGGGAGGGGCUACUCAAUUAUAUCGUGGCCGAUGACAGCGGAGGGGGGGGUGGUAGCCGGGCCCGAUGGCAGAAAUGCCGGCUGCUGCUGCGGAAGGCAGGCAAGGGAGAGGGCGAGGGCUACCUGCUGGAGUUCUACAUCCCCCCCAAGUCCACCAAGGCCCGGGUCAGCAUCCUCUGCUCGGCGGUGACAGAUGUGCGCACCACCACGCCGCUGGAGAUGCCUGACAAGGAAAACACCUUUGUCUUAAAGAUGGAGAACUCUCUCGAGUACAUCCUGGAGACGGUCGAUUCGCUGCAGAUGAGGUCGUGGCUGGCCGACAUCCAGGACUGCAUGAGCCCGGGGGAGAACACGGACAGCACAGACCUGCCCUGCCUCAACCACUCGGAGAGCAUGCCAAGCCGGGAGCUACCCCUGCUGCCCAGCGAGAGCAACGAGCAGCUCUCCCAGGGUGCGUAUGGGGGUCUGUCCGAGCGCCCCUCGGCUUCCAUCUCCCCCAGCUCCAUCUCCAUUGCUGCUUCCCACUUCAACUCCAUGGAGCUGCUGCCUCCUGAGCUGCCCCCCCGGGUCCCCAUCGAUGAGGCAGCUGAGCGGCUGCAGGGUCCGUACCCCUCUGGCCUGCUGCACACACCCUUCCCCGACACUCCUGACGCCACAGGCUCGUUCCUGUUCCAGGGGGAGCCGGAUCCCGGGGGGGGCGACCCAGAGCACCCCCUCUCCGAGUACCCCUGGUUCCACGGCACCUUGUCCCGGCUGAAGGCUGCCCAGCUGGUCCUGGCUGGCGGCCCCAGCAGCCAUGGUGUCUUCCUGGUGCGACAGAGCGAGACCCGGCGUGGGGAGUACGUGCUGACCUUCAAUUUCCAGGGCAAGGCCAAGCACCUGCGCCUGUCGCUGAACGAGGAUGGGCAGUGCCGCGUGCAGCACCUCUGGUUCCAGACCAUCUUUGACAUGCUGGAGCACUUCCGAGUGCACCCCAUCCCGCUGGAGUCAGGCGGCUCCAGCGACGUCACCCUGGUUAGCUAUGUGGUGGCCUCGCAGCGGCUGCAUGAGCCGAGCACCUCCCAUAGCCGGCCCCCCCAGCCCCCAUCCUGGCACGCAGCUCUGGAGGAGGGGCCCCUGCAGCCCCCUUGGCUCGUCCCCGAAGCCCCAGCCCCCGGCAACCCCUCCCUGCCGGAGGAGGAGGAGGAAGGGGGCACCACAGGGGACCCAGGAGGACGGGGCCACGGGGAGGCUCCUGCAGCUCCAGGCUGAGGAGCCAGAGGGAGACACGGGGCAUGCCCGGGCCGUCAACAACCAGUACUCCUUCGUCUGAGCCACGUUGGGGGUGGGGCAGCCCCACUGAGCACCCCCGGGGCCCUGCCUCAAGGGAACCCCAGCCCCACUGUAUGCCCCCGGGCCCCGUGAGAGGGGGCCAGCCCCCUUGAAUCAGCUUCCCAACCUCCCACCUUACAUGUGAUCAUUGAGCCUCUCCCCUCCCCGCAAGGUUGGCAUCAGCGGUACAGAGCCCAUUGGGGCAUGAAGGUACGUUGCCCCCCCAUUGGCAGAGGGGCUGGGUACCGAAACACUACAGGGCAGGGCUUCUAGAGCGCUACGGGGAGUAAGGGACUGGUCUUCUCAAGGCCAGGGGGUCUGUCCCUCUCCCCCCCUUCCCCCCCCGCUCCGCACGCUGUCACUGAAUGUAUCGAGUCUCCGAAUGUAUUCUCAUGCAUCCCCCAGUGUGACCUCUGACCCCAGGGCGUUCAGCCCCCUUCUGGCCCUGUCCUCCUCCUCCCACCCCAAAGCAACAUAUUUAUACACCUCCCAGAGCCAGCCUAGGGCUACGGGCCAGGCCCCGACACCCCACGUUCGACUGGCCGCACCUUACGGACCCCCCAGUAAAUUAAAGAGAAGAUACUUUAUAUGUCUGUCCCCUCGUAUGUCCCCCAACCUGUGCGCUGCCCCCAUCUGUUCUCUCCUCCCUGCCCGGUCUCACCCCGCACAGCAGUGCCCCUCGCCCUCCACGGCGCACCCUCCUUGCCCCCUUUGAAAAUUAUUUUUCUACUGUGGAGUAGUUAGACUAUCCUCCCCCGACCCAGCCUUGGACCCUACCCCACCCCAGCCCCGUGACUCUGCUGUGUCUGGUUUUUAGUUGGCCGGGGUCCGUUUGUUGGUUUUUUUGUUCAUUUUUUUGGUGUUUGUACGAACCUCGUUCACCUUUUAAAGAAAAAGAGGGAAAGAAAAGCUCGACUGCAGUA